GCAAUCCUACAAUUCAGAUCCAGUCUUCAAUAAUGAACGCAGUGUUUCGGUCUGAUAAAUUUAAUGUCUAAUAGGUUAAAUAUUUUCCAUGUUUUGAAAAGUUUAGUUUUAAGUCAAACAUGGCGCUGGUUUCAGGGCAAUCAGUUUGUAAUGUUUGCAAUGAAGUAUUCGAAAAUGAUGAAAAAAUGGUAAAUUCAAAUGGGGCUCUCUAUCAUGAAAACUGUUUUGUGUGUGCUCAAUGUUUUCGACCAUUUGAAGAUGGUGUUUUUUAUGAAUUUGAUGGUCGUCAAUACUGUGAAUAUGAUUUCCAGCAACUGUAUGCUCCUUGUUGCAGAGGCUGUAAGGAGUACAUUAUUGGAAGGGUCAUUAAAGCUGUGAAUUCCAAUUGGCAUCCUGACUGCUUCCGAUGUGAGAUAUGUGAUGAUGUUUUAGCAGAUGCUGGGUUUGUUAAAAAUGCUGGAAGAGCUCUUUGCAAACGUUGUAAUGCAAAUGAGAAAUCAAAAGGUGGUAGGUUCAUGUGUCAUAAAUGUCACACAUAUAUUGAAGAAGGUAAACAUAUUGUUUAUAUGGGAGAUCCUGUUCAUCCAUGGCAUUACAACUGCUAUGAAUGCGGAAAAGAGCUUGAUGAAACUUGCCGUAAGCGCAACAAUGAAUUAUUUUGUCUUCGAUGUCAUGAUAAAAUGGGAAUACCCAUAUGCGGAGCUUGUCGCCAACCAAUUGAAGAUGAGAGAGUUGUCAAUGCUAUUGGCAAGCAGUGGCAUGUUGAUCAUUUUUGUUGUGCUAAGUGUGAAAAGCCAUUCUAUGGUAAUCGGCAUUAUGAGAGAAAUGGUCUUGCUUAUUGUGAAACACAUUUUAAUCAGUUGUUUGGUGACCUUUGCUUUAUAUGCAAUCGUGCUAUUACAAGAGAUGUUGUGACAGCAUUAAAUAAAUGUUUUUGUGUGCAACAUUUUACCUGCAAUGGUUGCAAUAUGAAACUCACCUUAAAGAGCAAAUUUCAAGAAAUUGAUAUGAAACCUUUGUGUUUACGCUGCCAUGAGAAACUUCCGAAAGAAUUGCGCAAACGGUUAAAGAAGCCGGAGCCAGUUAGUCGAUAAACUAUUUUAUUUAAUUUAUAUACAUUAUAUGUUUGGUAAAUGUAUAUAUAUAUAUAUAUAUAUAUAUAUAUAUAUAUAUAUAUAUAUAUAUAUAUAUAUAUAUAUAUAUAUAUAUAUAUAUAUAUAUAUUUAAUUUAAAUGUCUAGAAUAAAAAAUUGUUUUAUUUUUUAAAAAUAAUUGUAUAAAGUUUCAUUGUAAAGGUUUCAUCAUAUGCAGACAGCUUUUAUAGCAUUAACUUUUUAAAAACGAUUUUUGUGCUUUUUUUUAUUCAAUUAUAAAUGUAAAAUAUGUAAAGUAUUGGUUGG